AUGACGAGUCACAAAAAAUCAAAUAACUCGGAAGUAAGCAUCGAUGAAGGGAGAGCAACAUCAAAAGACGACAGCAAUGAAGGGGGAGAAUCGAGCUUAAAAUCUGAUAUGGCUCAAGUCUUCGCUGAUUUCGUCAUAAAGGUCCAGAAUGUUGAGCCAGAGGCAGCCUGGAGGAUAUAUGUGGAUGGUUCGUCCACUCGGCAAGAUAGCAAGAUUGGCAUAAUGUUAAGCUCACAACAGAAAGAUCGUAUGCACUUGUCCGUACGGCUGGACUACAGAACCACCAAUAAUGAAGCUGAGUAUGAAGCAUUGAUAGUCGGUUUACAGGCGGCCCGACAUGUGGGAGCCGUUAAAGUCCUCAUCUACUCGGACUCUCAGUUGGUUGCUCAGCAGCUAUUAUGGACAUUCGAGAUAAACAAAGCUCGGCUCAAGCUCCACGCGGAAGCCUUCGAGAAACUGAAGGCUAACUUUAAGGAGGUCGUCAUACAGAAGAUCCCCCGAUCGGAAAACUAA